CCACAUUCCUUUGGCCUCUAUAUAUAAAUAACCUCCACGGCACCUCAACUAACUCAACUAAAUCUUAGAUCUCCUCACAAUCUUCAUAUAUAGUCAUAUUACCUAUUCUUCUCUCUCUCUCUCUCUCUCUAACGUGUAGACUCACUCUUCUAUAUAUCAGCAUUUGUAUACUAUUCAGUUGUAGCAAUGGAUUCAGUGAUGAGCUUGGUUGGUGAAAAUCCUGCUGUGAUCUUCAGCAAGAGUUCUUGUUGCAUGUGCCACACAAUUGUGCAACUGAUACGUGGUUUCGGGGCAAACCUGACAGUUUAUGAGCUCGAUCAACUUCCAAAGGGGAAGCAAAUUGAGAGGGAACUGCUGGCUUUAGGGCGUAACCCGAGCGUACCAGCUGUGUUCGUAGGACAGAAGUUGAUCGGUGGUGCUAAUGAGGUGAUGGCUCUCCAUGUCCAGAACGAGCUAGGCCCAAUGCUCAUCAAGGCUGGUGCUAUAUUUUUUUGGAAACGUGAAUAAAUAACAAAACCAAAACUCUGGUACAAUGUUAUUGUGACUGUAAGUAGCUAGCGGCCUUUGCUUUAGUAAUAAAUGAGCACACAAAAGACACCCUAUAUAAAUAAGCAGGACGCUUCGUUUUGUUGUACAAAGCACCAUCACAGCUUAUGUUUAACUUCUAUAUGUAUUUUCCUUUCGGUUCUACUAAAUAAUGUGAUACUUAGCUAAUUACUUUAUGUUUUUUAA